GCCUCCUGCGCCCGCGGCCGGCGGAAGCGCUGCGGUGCGCUGCUUGGGCUGGGAGAAGGGAGGCCGGGCCCGGCGGCAGCGCUUGGGGCUCUCGGCCGGGCGCAGCCCGCGCUCAUUCUCUCCGCCGCUUUCUCCCUUCCUCCCUCUGCCGGAGCCGGUGAUGCCGGGCCCGGAUCAGUUCUGUCCCUGCCGUUCCUCUUCCUCCGUGCUUCGGGCGAGCGCGGCGGCGGGCUGAGGGCCGGGCCGCCCGGCGCGCCGCCAUGGUCCCCUGUGGAGCGGUGCUGUGGCGGCGGCUGCUGAGAAAGCGCUGGGUCCUCGGUGUCGUCUUCGGGCUCUCCCUCGUCUACUUCCUCACCAGCACCUUCAAGCAGGAAGAGAGGACAGUGAGAGAUCGGAAUCUCCUCCAAGUGCAAGAGCACGAGCAGCCGAUCCUGUGGAAGGUGAAGUUCAGUGCGGGGAACGGCAGUCAGCUGAGUAACCAGUGCAGGAAUUCUGUGCAGGGGAAGCUCCUCAUUACAGAUGAACUGGGCUACAUCUGUGAGAGGAAGGACCUGCUGGUAAAUGGCUGCUGUAAUGUUAAUGUGGCCAGCACCAAGCUGUACAGCUGCGACAGCUGCCUUCCCAACGGCUGCUGCAGCGUCUACGAGUACUGCGUGUCCUGCUGCCUGCAGCCCAGCAAGCAACAUCUCCUGGAGCGGUUCUUGAACCGGGCAGCUAUUGCUUUCCAGAACCUCUUCAUGGCAGUGGAAGAUCACUUUGAGUUGUGUCUGGCAAAAUGUAGGACUUCAUCACAGAGUGUGCAGCAUGAAAACACCUAUAGAGAUCCGAUUGCAAAAUACUGCUAUGGAGAAUAUCCCCCAGAGCUUCUGCCUGUUUGAAAGCUGCUAUGACUGAGCGACUAAGGGAAGGAUCUGGAGGCUGGGAGUCAAAAGAGCAAGACAAGAGCUGUUGCUUCACAAGACCUUCAGUAUAAAGUUGUUCCUGUGUACAGCAUAAGUGAGGGACUUAAGUUCUCUGGGCCUGAGUCACAAUUCCUGCAGUGUGUUACACAUCUGCUCUAGAGCACCAGAGUAUUGGACUGGAGCACUGGUACUUUCUUUGAAUACUUCCUCCAGAUUUUGGGGUGAAUGGAGUCAAUCUAGGCUAUAAAACAUCGUAGGAAAAAUAUCUCAUGUAGCUUUGCAUCUGUAUGUGAAGAUUCAGUUGUGUCUCAGCAGUCCAGAGACCUUCCAGAGUGACAAAGGAUUUUUGCCUGUAGAGAGUAAAGCAUGCCUGAUGUGCUCUCUCUCUGGAGCACCUCUUGGCAUGCAUAGUGUAUACUACAUAUGUAAUUAUGAAUUAUUUAUUCAUUUUAUAUGGAUUACUAGCUGAAAGUAUUGGUGCUUUGCGUAGCUAGUUGGUGAUACCUUUCAGUUUUGUUAUGUCAAGUAGAAAGGAUAUUUUAGUUCCUGACUAAACUUGGUUGGGUUUUUUUUUUUCCUUCUUAGUCUAAAGGAAUUGUGUUGGGAUUUGUCACUAUAGUGCUUUUUGUUCCUCUUAUUGAGUUUAAAGCAUUCAGAACUCCAAUGGAGUUGUUACUCUGUCCAAGUCCUGUAACAUGAGAGCAGUGCAGGGAUCUGCCUAGGAUUAGAUGUUUAUUGCCUGUAAACACUUUUCUUGUUACUCUGCAGUAGUUUCCUCAAAGAGGAGCCUUAGUCUUACAGAGAGCUUUCUGCUAGUCCACUCUGACAGGGAGCACAGGAGAUUUGUUUGCUUGAACUCAGUCAGGCCUUGGUAGCUCAACUGUUCUUCACUCCUAGUUAUGCAGGAGGCAGAUGGGUGGAGUUGGUCGAGGAUCUCAGUUUAAUGAUGUCCUUGUGCGUGAAAUAGAAUGUCAGAACGUGAUGCAAGCCCUCCUCAGAGGACAACUGUGUUGCACGAGUUCAAUUAAACAGUCAUGGUGGUUUUGAUUUGCUUUUUGACAGACUUGUUUCCUCUGCAAUUUUGAUCUGAUCAGAAUGGCAUUAGACCAGGGUUGGUUCUCUCACAAGUUCUCCUAGUUCUCUAAAGUUUUAACUUAAACUGUCUCCUUCUUAAGGCCACACAGCACAGAAAAAAAUGGGUAGAGAAGCUGUAAAAUGCUGAUUAAACUUCCUAUUCCCUGACUAAAAUUAAGCAAUAUACAGAGGCUUAAAAAAACCCAAACCAACCACAAAACCCCACACGCACAGUGGUGAAGCAUCCUGGUGCAGAUCUGUAGAAUGCUAUUGGCUUACAUGUGGUAUACACAAGAAGUGGUGUUGUCAGCCACCUGAUAAAAUCCACUUGAAUUGUUUUCUUUGUUCUUCCUCAGAAGCCAUCAUGGUUCAGUCAGCAGAUCCUCUUGAAAAUCUUGGGGUUUCCAAAGGCUUAAAAGCUUUAGCGUUAGCAAUUUGUCCAGCUGAAAAUCUUUCUCCCCUUUGCUGCCAUCCUAUGGCAGCUUGCUGCAGCAGGUAUGAUCCAGUGUGGAGAUGCAGUGUGAAAUGCUGUCUUCAGAGGGUAGCAGAGGUUACUUCUCAGUGUUAAACUGUUAAGCUUCACCCCUCUUCCAGUACUUCUACGGUUUUCCUCAGGGAAAACCAUCAGAUUGGUCUGGUAUAUCAUUCCUGCUGAGAUGUAUUCCAGCACUUCAUGUUUUUGCAUCACAACUGAUGAGAUCAAGAUACUGAUGGCCUGCACUUGCCUUUUUUGCCAACUUGGUAUUGAUUCUUUAGCAGGUGAUACCACUGCUUGAAGAAGUAAUUGCAAGAAAUCAUAACAAACAACCUGAUCUGGGCAACAGCAGUGGGAAUUCCUGGCCCUUUUCUCUACUAGAUGUGAUCGAAAGUGUGUAUUGUGACUGUUGUCUGUCUAAGGAGACAGAAACUACAUGCUCCCUCCCUGACUGUUGAGCUGUUCAACUAUUGCCUAUACUAUAUACAAAAUCAUUAAAAUUUGAUCUGUUCUAA